CUGGGACAAAAUCCUACCAGAGCUCGCUUCGCUGCGGACUCAUCCUCAUCAGACUGGAGCUUUGAGUGAGUUCUGAAGACAAUGAUGGAUCUAAUGACAACUACCCCUUUCUACCACAUCAAUACAACAGACGCCAGUGGAAGAAAUGGCUCCAUGUAUGAUGACGAUGAAGAGUAUGACUAUAAGGACGAGCAUGCUGAGCUGAGACAGUCUCUGAACAUCAUGUCUCUCAUUGUUUACUGCUUGGCCUUUGUUCUUGGCGUCCUCGGUAACGGAGUGGUAAUCUGGGUAACCGGGUUCAAGAUGAAGAAAACAGUCAACACAGUUUGGUUCCUCAACCUUGCUGUGGCUGACUUUCUCUUCACUGCAUUCCUGCCUCUGAGUGUGACCUACACAGCGAUGGAUUUCCACUGGCCUUUUGGGAAGUUCAUGUGCAAGUUGAACAGCACUAUAAGUUUCUUGAAUAUGUUUGCCAGUGUCUACAUUCUGGUUGUGAUCAGUGCAGACAGAUGUGUGUCUGUGGUGUGGCCUGUGUGGGCUCAGAACCACAGGAGUGUUCGUAAGGCAUCCUGUGUGAGUCUGGGUGUUUGGGUUCUGGCUCUGACCCUCAGUGCUCCGUACUUCAUCUUCAGAGACAUUGGACCCUCAUAUAAUAAUGAUGACAUCAUCAACUGCUUUAACAACUUUGCCUUUUCUGACGACUACGAAACCCCUUCUGUGAAUCAGCUGCGACAGUUUCGUCAUCAAGCCAUGACCAUCACCCGCUUCCUGCUGGGAUUUGUAGUCCCUUUCACUGUCAUUGUGUCCUGUUAUGCUGUGAUAAUCCAUCGUCUCAGGAGGAACCGCACCCUGGCCAGCAAGUCAAGCCGGCCUUUUAAAAUCAUCGCUGCAGUUAUCACUACUUUCUUCCUGUGCUGGGCUCCUUAUCACAUUAUGGCUUUAAUUGAGCUGGUCAAUCACAUGGCUAAUCACGCAAGUGAAACACUGGAUCAUGUCACCACUAUCGGAGUCCCCAUAGCCACCAGCCUGGCCUUCCUCAACAGCUGCCUUAACCCGCUGCUCUAUGUGUUCAUGGGUCAAGAUUUCAAGGAUAAAGUCCGCAAGUCCAUCCUUAAUGUUUUGGAAACAGCUUUCCAGGAGGAGGUUUCUCGCUCUUACACCUGCACAAACUCAAUGAUCACCAGUCGGAGCAAGGAAAAGUCUUUUUCUGAUGCUGAAGUAUAAGGUUUGUCCAUGACAUGAAAACACAAGCACUCCAACUUUCCCAGAAAGAAAAGCAACAUCUUUUAAAGCUUUUGUUGCUUUUUAUUGAGGAACCAGAGCAGUAGAUAUUUAUUACCUGAGACUGAACAGUUUUGUUUAGUUUAACUGAAAUAAGUUUCGUAAUUGGCCAACCACUCAGGACUAGUAGAGUUCAGCCUCCUACAGUACCUCCAUUGUGAUGGAGGAGAUCGAUGGUAAUAUUGAUCAAUUAGUUUUGGAUCCAUCAGUGAUGUGUGUAAUGGGAUUAAAAGUUAUGGAAAGGUUGAAUGUGUUCAUUGAAAGUCAAUAAUUUUGUGCAGCUUUUGCCAAAAUUAUUAGUAAAAUGAAGGCAGAUAUAAAGUACAUUAAUCCACAUGUGCAGACAUGUUUUCUAAGUAGAAUCAGAAUAAAAGAAAAUCAGAAGGCAGGAUUUGUCUAUGAAGUAUCAACUUGCUGUGGGCUGCACUGUCCCACAGAAGUAUCUCUGUUGAGGCCACACUUCACCUAAUGCCAAGGUAAUGUGUUAAGCCAAACCAGUAUCCUGUAUUACAACAAUCUAUGAUUGGAUUCUUUUCAACACAAGUAACAAAAGUAUACAUUUAUGAUAGCAAAGUAAUGUUUUUUCUUCAUGUACUGUUAAAGAUAAAGUUUUAAAUGCAUAGCACCUUCUCUUGACUUACAAUAAUGUGUCUUGCUUUUUUGCACAGGUAAGCUUUUAAUGAAUAAGUGUCCUUUUGCCCUCACACUUAACUCCACCCAGCAACCAAACAGUGACCACAGUGUUUUUUUCAAUGUACAAACAAAGUUAAAGAGUUUAAACUACACUCAGUGGAGCUCAUUUGGGUUGUACAUAUGUUAAUCUUGAUUAAAGCUCCUGUGAGGAGUUUUUAUUUAGUUAUGAAAAAGGCUAACAGUAAUACCGAUGCUUCUGUAUGUCCUACUAAAGCAAACUAUACCAUCAAAAACAAAACUGAUUAUUUCUUCCCUGUUGUGAUUAAAAACUGAAACGGCAGCUGUGGGUGGACGUUAGGCAAGGGGAGAAAUGGCAUGCUGAAGAAACAGCCUCUUUUAUUGCAUUUUCCACUACACAGAUUCUCCUCAGAAUGAGAUUUUGUUAAACAUACAGGACAAAGUCAGCAAAGAACGAAAAGAUAAAUCCUCACAGGAGCUUUGAAUAUCUUUUUUGUGCAGCUCUCUGUGUGGCUUAAACACAGGACCUAUUUACUGACAAGCUGGUGUAAGGUUAUUGAUACAACUGUAUAUAUAAGAGUGGUUAUGAAAUGUCUUUGCUUUGCAUUGUCUACCAUUUUUAAGUGUGACUUUUUGAUCACUGCUGGAUGCAUUUAGGUUAAAGGUACACCAUCCUGCAGUGAAUGCAUUUCUUGUGUAUAAUCUGACAGUGUAAUGUAUCCACUUUUAUGAUUUUUUUAAUCAAACUAUUAUUUUUAUCAGAUUUGCAUCAAUCACAUGGUGAAAUAAAGAUAAAAAAGAAAAUCAUCAUCCCUGUUUUCUGUGUCCUUGAUGGCAUCUUCAAGCAUCUUGUAAGUAUUCAAACAGCAGAAAAACACAAAGAUGUCCAGUUUACUGAAAACAAAACAAGGUUAAAGCAAUUAGCUCAUUCUGGAAGGUGCUACCAGUGCAUUUACAACACUUCAUGUAUAAAUCAAACGCUUAAUAGUGUAAGACGUGUACAGUAUGACUUUAGUGUAUGUGGCUUAUUCUCAUGAAACAUGUCAAAUCUCUGUAAGCCUUGUUUUAAUGUAAGCUAUGUACAAACAAUGAUUAAGUGUUGUUGUCUGUUUUUACUGUUGUGAUUUUUUUAAGUUUAUG